GGUGACAUUCCCGGAUAGAGGUUAGAAAAUUUGCUUUCAUAACAAAUAUUGAAAUUUCCUCACGAUUUUCAAAUGGUUUUCGGUACAACAAAAUACAGUGAAGUUCAAUGAUAACUGCCGCUUAGUGUUGAAGGCAGAAGUUAAUUCAAGGCAUUUUGGACCGUGACACACGCAACAGAUUUAAUUUAAUUUGUUUGAAUCUAGAUAAUGUUGAUCUAAGAUUCUAAUCGUCUGCGUGACAUCGAUUUUUGAUUGAGUUAAAAGCAAAUCGACGUUGAAAUUUGAAUAAAAAUGUUUUCCACUUACACUCUCACAACAAAUAUUCUCCGGGGCGUUCAGCAGUACUCAAGAUUAAGCCUUCGCAACAUUGGAUCGAUUCGAAAUUCAGUAACGUCGCACAAUCGCAACUUGUUUAUCAAACCGCAACCAAAGACAAACCAAAACUCCAUUCUACAUCGAUUCUGUUCCAAUGGUCCGAAAGCAGAACCAGUUAAAAGCAAAAAAAUUGUUGGCUAUUGGCUACUGGGAUGUAGCGGAAUGGUGUUCACUGCAGUCGUAUUAGGUGGUGUCACUCGACUAACCGAAUCGGGUUUAUCGAUGGUGAAUUGGAAAUUACUGGGUGAAAGAUGGCCGAAAACGGAGGACGAAUGGAUUGCUGAGUUCGAGAAGUACAAACAGUAUCCGGAGUUUAAGUUAAAGAAUCCCGACAUCUCCCUGUCCGAUUUCAAAUCAAUUUUCUUCAUGGAAUACGCCCACCGAAUGUGGGGACGACUGAUCGGCGGAGUGUUUGCCGUACCAGCCAUUUACUUCUGGUCGCGUGGCUAUUUAUCGAAACAAUUGAAGCCGCGCAUUUUGAUUUAUGGAACAUUAAUUGGCCUACAAGGAUUGAUGGGAUGGUACAUGGUAAAGUCAGGCCUAGAAAAUCGUUUCACCGAACCGAACGACGUUCCGCGCGUCUCACAAUACCGUUUGGCCACUCAUCUAUCACUGGCAUUCAUUUUGUACGUAUCAAUGUUCUGGGCAGCCUUGGACACCCUCAUUCCCGCACAGAAACUUGCCACAGUGGCAACAAAGGGAGCGCUACGCUUCCGUCAACUGGCUAUGGUCGCUAAAACUUUGAUCUUCUGUACGGCUGUUUCGGGUGCAUUCGUUGCUGGGCUGGAUGCUGGACUCAUCUACAAUUCAUUUCCCAAAAUGGCCGACAAAUGGAUACCGAGUGACAUUAUGGCCUUGUCGCCGAUACCGAGAAAUUUCACCGAAAAUCCGACGACGGUCCAGUUCGAUCAUAGGAUUUUGGGUAUAUCAACGUUAAGUGUAGUGACUGCUGUUUGGCUUAUGGCCCGGAAACAUAAACUUCCGCCACGAGCUUACUAUGCAGCUACUGCUUUAGGCAUGAUGGGAUGGCUGCAGGUCGCACUAGGCAUUUCUACUCUAUUAACGCAUGUUCCAGUGGCAUUAGCAGCGUGUCAUCAAUCUGGUUCACUGGUUUUACUUUCAGCAGCAUUUUGGCUCACACAUGAGCUCAAGUAUUUAAAGUAUUUACCCAAAUGAUGACUGGAACAGUGAGCAUCAUGUACAUCUUACAAGACUACGAAAUAAAAGUUCCAUUUGUUAAGUGUU